CUCUCACCCUUUUUACCACCCUCGCCUCAACUCAACUCAACUCUCCCCCAAAGGUCAAACUCCUCUGUCCCUCUCCCUCUAAUGGCGGCCAAACAGGAACAAGAACUAGGAGAGUAGCCACAGCACUCCUUCUCCGUCUCCCACCCUUCUGCGACUCGGUCGCUUCUUUGACAAACCCUUUACCAUUCUUCUCUCCUCCCUACAUAAACCUAACCUCCUUCCUCUCCUCUCCCAAAUCUCUCGGUUCUCGCCUUCUUUUCCUAAAACCCUCCAACCCUGCUGUUCUUUCUUCUCAUAUUUGAUCUCAGAACCCCCCAUCUGAAUCUUAGCUAUCACUGGGGGGGAAAAAAAGAGCAGCUGAAAUUUGGGCAUUUCUAGAUUUCCUUCUUUCUUUGGGUUUCGAGCAAAAAUUGUUGCAGGUUCAGGCUUCCCUCGGCGAAAUGGGAAGCAAAUGGAGGAAAGCGAAGCUCGCUCUGGGGCUUAAUCUCUGCGCUUAUGUUCCUCGGACAUUAGAGGACCCUCCUCCGGCUAUUGCCUCUAGUGAGAGAUUAUCAGAUGUUGCUCUCCUCUCUCAGCGCAAUUGGAAUCUUGACUCUUCGGGCCCGGGGAUGCCGGCGGCGCCGGUGUCGUCUUCGCCCAGCCUCCGAUUAUCGAAAAGCAUGAGCAGAUCCUCCAAGAGGACCUGCUCAAUAUGUUUGGGCACAAUGAAACGAGGAGAUGGUCAUGCCAUUUUUACAGCAGAAUGCUCUCAUUCCUUCCAUUUCCACUGCAUUGCUUCAAAUGUGAAGCAUGGAAACCAAAUUUGCCCUGUUUGCAGAGCAAAAUGGAAAGAAAUUCCUUUGCAGAGUCCCACUUUAGACCCUCCUGCUGGUAGAGCAAGAAUCAAUCCUGUAGAUUGGCCCCAAAAUAAUGCUUUAGUGACUGUCCUCCGCCGAUUACCUCCCCCUCGUUCAGAUUUCAAUCGGAACAUCAUGCCAACGCAUCAAACUCCUGAGCCAGGUGUCUUUGAUGAUGAUGAAAGCUUAGACAAGCCACCUGAAUCGACUGAAAGGACAUCUUCUGAAAACAAUAUUGCAAAUGACAACCUUGUUAGAUCUGUAGAGAUGAAAACAUAUCCAGAAGUUUCAGCCAUCACGCGGUCAAAUUCUUAUGAUAACUUUACUGUUCUGGUCCAUCUCAAAGCUGCUGCUGCUGCAGCAAUUUCAUGUCAAAAUUCUCUGAGAGACCAUCCUAAUUUUCCACCUGCAUUUCAGAGUCCCCGAGCUCCAGUUGAUCUCGUCACAGUGCUUGACAUCAGUGGCAGCAUGGCAGGUACUAAACUUGCAUUGCUGAAGCGAGCCAUGGGGUUUGUGAUACAGAACCUUGGGUCCAAUGACAGGCUGUCAGUCAUUGCAUUUUCUUCCACUGCUCGCCGCCUCUUUCCUCUCCGUCGAAUGUCUGAUGUAGGACGGCAGCAGGCAUUGCUAGCCGUUAACUCUCUUGUUGCAAAUGGUGGGACCAAUAUUGCCGAAGGCCUUAAAAAGGGCGUCAAGGUUAUGGAAGACCGGAGGGAAAAGAAUCCGGUUGCCAGUAUAAUACUGUUGUCUGAUGGGCAGGACACUUACACUGUCAAUGGUUCUGGUGGUGGCAAUCACAACCAACCAAAUUAUCGUUUGCUCCUUCCUGUGUCUGUUCAUGGUGGUGAUAAUACUGGAUUCCAGAUUCCAGUGCAUGCUUUUGGCUUUGGUGCUGAUCAUGAUGCUUCAUCAAUGCACUCAAUAUCAGAAACUUCUGGGGGAACCUUUUCUUUUAUUGAGACCGAAGCUGUAAUUCAGGAUGCUUUUGCACAGUGCAUUGGGGGCCUUCUGAGUGUUGUGGUGCAGGAGAUGCAAGUUGGGAUUGAGUGUGUGCACCCAAGUGUUCGCCUUGGAUUGCUAAAAGCAGGAAGUUACCCAAGCCGAGUGAUGGUUGAUGGGCGCACAGGAUUUAUUGAUGUUGGAGAUAUGUAUGCAGAAGAAGAGAGGGAUUUUCUGGUUUCUGUUAAUGUUCCAACAGAGUCCUCUAGCAAUGAAACAUCCUUGCUAAAGGUUAGAUGUGUUUACAAGGAUCCCUUGACAAAAGAAACAGUCACUGUGGAAAGUGAAGAAGUUAGGAUUGAGAGAACUGAAGUAGCUGGGCAAGAUGUGUUGUCACUGGAGGUGGACAGACAGCGCAAUAGGAUUCGAGCUGCGGAGGCAAUGGCACAGGCACGAGCUGCUGCUGAGCAGGGUGAUCUCACUGGUGCAAUUUCUAUCCUUGAAAGUUGUCGCAAGUUAUUGUCGGAGACAUUGUCGGCCAAAUCUCAGGACAGGCUUUGUGUUGCACUGGAUGCUGAGCUCAAGGAGAUGCAAGAGAGGAUGGCAAGCAGGCAUGUAUACGAGGCAUCUGGGCGGGCAUAUAUUCUUUCGGGACUGAGCUCACACUCCUGGCAGAGGGCAACGGCAAGAGGUGAUUCUAUCGAUGGUUCAAGCCUAGUACAGGCCUAUCAAACCCCUUCAAUGGCUGAGAUGCUCACUCGGUCCCAAGCUACAUUAUUGGGUAGCCCAUCUGCCCAGAGGCUUGUCCGACCACUAUUGUCUCUUUCAUCGCAACCAAAACCAAGGCAGUUUUAAGUUUUAGGAUUAGGAGUCACUCCAGUGCCCUUUUUGUUUUAUUUUGUUUGAGGUGGGGAUAAAUUGGGGAGAUAAGGGGAGAGUUUUGGCUUAUAUUGAUUGUUCAUGUUUUAUAUGAGUAACAUGUAAAUGAAUAAGAAUUGGGAAGGGAUGCAAAGAUAUUUGGUGGGGCCCGUAAGAGGAGCAGUAGGCAGGGUCACGAAAUUUUUUCCCCAUAUUUUAUCCUGUUUGUGUUGCUGUUGUUGUUGCUGUGGGUUGGUGUACAUAUUGAGAUGAUAUUUUUGUCGCAGUGAGAAGUGGGCAUAAAUCUGUAAUUGUUGGGAUAGUUGGGGUGGAAUCAUCACCUAAUAUAUGAUGAUAUAUACUUGCUCUUGAUUCUUUCCAGACUUCUGCUCUUCACUUCAAGUGAGUAUUUGUAAUUUAAUUUGCUCUCUCUCUCUCCCUCUCCCUCUAUUUUCAAGCUCAACAGGGGCGAACUCAUGCUUAAAAUCAUGAGAAUACUCGAAUGAUUGCAGAUAAAUGUACCAAACAGAAAGUUGCGUCUCCUCAAAUGAAUUAUAGGACCUUAAAAUUUUAAAACAGGAAGGAAAAGAAAAAAAGCAUAGAUGGAAUUAAAUGCCUUUUUUUCCACUAAGUUUCAAGCUUCCAAGCAGAGCCCCAAACAGUAAACCACAUACGUACAUAUGGUGUGUGUGUGUGUUGGUGGUUUUUGUCCGUCCCAAGAUAUUUUUCUUGCGGGAUUAGAAUGGUAGUUGGAAGAGGGCGUGGGCUGGUAGCAUAACACAUAGAGAAAGGAAGUUGCACCCCACAUAUCCUUCCCCCCCCCCAAUCUCUUCCACCUAUUUCACCACAUUACGUUUUCAUUUUUGGCGUUAAACCUCUCUGCGGCUCUGCCCCACAAUCUGCAACCGCUUCAAACCCCCCUAUGGAUCCACCUCCACCGUCUGAUGUACAACUACCACCGCCAGGUCAGCCUGAUGGAGGACUCAGCCGAUCCUUGCGAUUAUGGCUUUGGUUUCUCUGCUGCUGCGGUUUAUUUAGUAGUUGCUGUCCAGGUAUGUCCCAGCCAGGGCCAUCGCCGCCUCUCUGACAAGUGACAAUCCCCAACCUGUGUCGACUAAUUUCCUCACUUCCUUCUUUCGUACCAGACCAACACUCGUCAACGUGCAAAGAUCAAAAGCCCAUUUGAGCGUCUAAAGCUUUCUUACAUUUACCUCCACCACAUCCUUGUGGGACUGGAUGUUUCAACUUAUUGUAAUUUCGCUUGCAACAUUUUUUCCUUUGAAGUUCCUUCUUAAUUGUUUUGAUAAUUUAUCAUGAUGUAUUUCAAUGAUAAUUUUCCAGAUUCAAUA